CGGGUUGGCUGCUCUUCCGGGAAACGGGCGGCAAUGGCGGGGCGGGGAGGCCUGUGGAUUCUCCGGGAGCUGAGGCGGCCGGCUGGGGGCUUCGGCCGCGGCUUUCUGGCCGGCUCGCUACUGGGCUCUACCUGCUGUGCCCUGGCCUUGCACUGGUACCGGCAGCAGGAGGAGGAGGAUCGGCAGGGAGAGCUUCCAAAGAACAGCCAGCUGGAAAAGUAUGGCUUGCCUAUGAUUGGCUCAGAGAUUCGCUAUUGCACCAAUCACGUAUCAUCAUAUGAUCAGGCUAAGAGGACUCCCAGAUGGGUUCUUGAGCAUAUUACAAAGGAAAAAGUGCAAGGGACAGCGGAUCGGAAGCAUUGCAAGUUUAAGCCGGAUCCCAGCGUCCCAGCGCUGUUCAGUGCGACGAAUGAAGACUACCGCAGCAGUGGAUGGAGCCGAGGACACAUGGCUCCAGCAGGAAACAACAAGUUCUCAUUGCAAGCCAUGGCUGAAACAUUCUACCUGUCCAACAUUGUGCCUCAGAAUUAUGAAAACAAUGCUGGCUUCUGGAACAGGUUGGAAAUGUACUGCCGUGAACUGACCCAGAGGUAUGAGAACGUUUGGGUCAUUUCUGGACCCUUGACUCUCCCGACAUCAGGAUCUGAUGGGAAGAAAACCGUGGCCUACCAGGUGAUAGGGGAGAGUGAAGUUGCUGUACCGACGCAUCUAUACAAAGUCAUUCUCGCUCAGAAGAGCAGCGAGCUGUCCGGAUUGAUGGCUCUGGGGGCCUUCGUUGUGCCCAAUAGCCCAAUUGGCUUUGACCAUCAACUGUCUGAAUAUCAAGUGGACCUCCAGGACCUGGAGAAGAUGUCCGGGGUCACUUUCUUCCCAGCCUUGGACAAAGCCAGACAGUGCCGCGAUCUCUGUAAGACUGACACCUGCAAGCUGCUGAACUUGGUGGAGUUUACUCGGUACAUCGCUGGGCGGAAAGUGCAGAAUGCCAGCACUCUGCACAGGUUGGAGAAAGUCAUGACCGAGCUGCAGGAAAGUGGGAUUGAGCCAGAUGAGUACCUGCAGAACCUGUACCAGAAGAAAAAGCAAGAAGUGGAAUUGAAGGAAGCAGGUGAAGGCAGAGCAGCCAGGGCUGGUUAAAGCAUGUAGAAAUCCUUAGUUCAUGCUGAUAUGAGAUGUAUGCAGUUAUGCACAGACAUACGGUAUAUGUUUUGUCUGCUAACAUAUUAAUGUAUAUUAUGUGUCGUUAUGUUUUGACAUAAAGUACAUGCAGGUAUGUACUGACGUAUGGUAUGCACAGCUAUCAGGUGAAUACAAAUAUGUACUGACACGAUCUGUAGAUACAUACUGUCAAGGUAUGUGCUGACUCAUAUAAGGUAUGCAAAGUUAUCUAAUGACAAGAUACUGCAGAUAUGUACCAACAGAUUUGUUUGGACAAGGUACAUAUAGGUAUGUAUUGUUGUAAGGUAUGUGCUGUGAGGUAUUGAUGUAUGGUAUGUGGCAUUGUGUACAGUGUAUGUGGAUACAUAAUGAUAAGUGAUUUAUAUCAAUAUGUGCUGAUGUACGGCAUAUAUGAUAUAUUAAUUUGAUUAUGCAUGACCUUAGAUAUAGCUAGCUAUGUACUGAUGAGGUAAAUCUAGUUUUGCAUUUUA